UUUUGCUUUUUAUAUCAGCUAACAAUCAAUCUCCCCUCUGUUUCCGCCGCGCAGCAAUGAAUCGCUUUAUCAGGACCCUAUCGUCGUCACUUUCCUUCCGGAGGACGGCGGCGCUGCCGCCGGAGACUGAUGGAUACCAGAUGCAGUUGAUUCGUGGGAUUAGGGUUAAGGUAAUAAAUGACAAUUUGGAGCAAGCGCUGACCUUUAUGGAGAGGAAGAUGAAGUCUAGCGGAAUGGAGAGGCUUAUCAAGCGCCAUACUGACCAUCACAUUAAGAACUCGGAGAAGCGCGUGCUUGCCCGCAAGAAUCUCGAGCUUCGGAUCCGAUCCGAGGAACUUUCACGCAAACUCCGCUCCAUCCUAGUCAAGAAGAUCAGGGGCCUAUGAGGAUUGAAGCUCUAAUGGGGAAAAGUAAAAUUGGAAGAUAAAGCCUCUAUUGUGUUUCAUUAGCCUGCAUAUUGAUGCCAAUGGACUGUAGCUGUUUAUCUUUUAGCUUAUUUACUCAGGGCAUUUACAUACGUAACACCCAAUUCUUAGAUAUUUAC